AUGGACAUGGACGAAUUCAAACCAACGAUGCUCAAAGAUGAUGAAGAAAUAUUUGAGGGCGAAUUCGAAGAUGACGACGACGAUGACGAGCUUUCGUCGCAGAUGUCCAUUCCCGACGACAAUAUCGAUUAUAGCCUCGUUUACGCAUUGCAUACUUUCCUGGCAACCGUCGAAGGACAGGCUAGCGUUGUCAGGGGUGAUAGCCUGGUCUUAUUGGAUGAUAGCAAUGCAUAUUGGUGGCUGAUACGCGUCCUCAAAACACAGGAAUUGGGCUACAUUCCUGCCGAGAAUAUUGAGACACCCGACGAGCGUUUGGCCCGGCUAAACAAGCACAGGAAUAUUGACAUAACCUCGGCAAAUCACUCUGACCUAUCACAUCAUCCUCCACCUUCAGACGCUCACCAGGCGCUUAAGAAACUCGAUAGUAGGGAAUCUAAGGAAUCCAGGGAUCCCAAAGAACCUAGAAAUGUCGCCUUCACUGCGCCGACUUAUCGACAAGUCGUUUUAUACCCAGAAGAGAUUGCUCAGGCAGAGGAAGACGCCGCACAGAUAGCCUUAGAAGAGCAGGAGAGCUACGAUGAAGACAGCGAAUCUGGCUCAGAAGUCAGCUCCCAAGACGCUUCUCUCUCCAGUCAAUCUCAUUCGGAAUCCUCGCAUGGCCAUCUCGUCAACGAGCAGCAAUAUGACAAUGAUAGCGUGAGCGAUGCUCUUGCUCCUGCCGCUGCUCCACUCGUUGCUCCUGCUCCCGCUAAGAUAAACAGCAGUAAUCCUCCACUAGAAUCUUCCGCCAAACACAUUUACGACUCCUCAACUGAUACCCACUCCUCAGAUAACCUUGUAAAGUAUAUGCCCGAAGUUAAUAAAAACGCGGAGGAGGUUGUUGCACCUGAGACACACACUAAUGAUGAGGUGCGACGCGCCAACGAAAUUGAGGACACUAACGAAAAUGUCAUGGCUAAGGAGGCAGCUAUAGACGCCAGUUCUCAAGCCACACCACCUGCACAAGUACUUCACAGACCUCUACAAGCUGAUAUCCGCCCUCUCUCUAUCAAUUCAAACGCUUCCUCCAACUACAGCAACAAUAGCAAAAAGAUACUUACUAAUGGCGUUCAAAGACCUCAACUCAUUCGAUCUCAGCCAUCUGACUCUUCUAACACACACGCCACCCACCAGGACGAUCCUGAGGAUGAUGAUAAGAACACCACUUACUUGACGACUAACACUUCACCUCUCCUAGAUCCUGCAACUUCUCCAACUAGAAAAGUGACAAUUACCCCCGACGUAGCACAAAGUCCUGAUCCUCAUAUGUUAAUGAAGGGUGUGUCUUCACCAACGCAGCAAAUAGCGCAAAAUCAAAAUAGCAAGGCUUCAUUUGAUGAGCUUAUGACGAUGGACAGCCAAUCAUCUGAAACAAGCUCACAGAAAACGUCCAUCUGGAGAAGCUCUCCGCUUAUGUCUGACCGCGGCAAAGAUAAGAAGCAAGCCAAAGAAGAGAAGAAGAAAGCCAAGAAGCUGCAGAAGGAGAACUCUUCACACAGCCUAAGUGAGAUGACAUCCAACGAAUCGAUCAAAAAGAAAAAGAGUGGCGUCUUCGGUAAUCUUUUCAGAAAGAAGGAGAGGAAACCAUCAGGUGACUCGUUCGGCGACGGCGUCGACAGUAUCAAAUCCUCAGAUAGCUUUACUGGUAGUGAUAAUCAUACUGAAUCUAUCCGAAAGUCUUCCAGUCAAGACAUGGAAGGCAGAACUAGCUUGGAUUCUAGAAACAUUUCUCCUCAACUUGGAGUCAGACAAUCGCCGAGCACAUUCACACCACUUGCUCCUAUCAACCACCCAUCACCUAAUCUUCGCCCGAGAAAUGAUUCACUUGCAAACUCCUCCUCACUCACCGAGAUUAAACCAUCAGGAUCUAACAACUCACUUAACGUAUCUCCAAAAGCGAGCAAAGGUCUCGAAACAAGUCCAGCGCUUUCACAGCAAUCAUGGGCCAGUCCGAAUAGUAGCUUGAAUGCUAGACCAGGCUCAUUGCUCGGCGUACCGACACUGAAUGUUAUGAGAAUGUUCGCAGCACCAUCACUUAAAUCUGAAGCUACAUUUAAGACUGUACUCGUUAAUGGCUCAACCUCAGCUACUGAUCUUAUCAAGCAAGCAAUGCAAAGAUUUAGAUUAGCUACGAAUGUGGAAGAAAGUGAUUUCUUCUUGACUAUAAAAGAGCAAGAGAGCGGGAAAGAGACAGUAAUGGAGCCAAACCAGAAGCCACUAGCGUUGUUUAAUAUAACCAACCAACUUAUUGUUAGCAGACAACUAAACGCCCCAAGCAAUGAUCUGCCAAAGGUUAAACGAAGCUCGGUUGGAAGUAUUAGCAGUAUCAAUAGCAACCUGUCUACAUUACCUGCAAUCUCCAGUUUAGGUGACUACAGCGAUGACAGUGCAGUGAAGAUGUAUAUUCACUGCCGCAAAACUUCCUCUGUUGACCUCCAUGAGACUAUUGUUGACAAUGAGGCUGAAGAUGUAUACGCCGGCUACAUGAACGAUCCAAGUGUUUCAUCGCCUGUUUUUGAUGACCUCGAACCAACUAGUCAUAUUAAUCAGGAGCUCAAUGCAAAAAACAAUGCCUCACUCUCUGCCAAAAAGAAGAGAGAAAGUCAAUUACUAAUGUACUUACAUCUUGACAGCAACAAGGUGAAUCUUUGUGUUGUGGUGAGCGGUAAAGAUGCACCUGAGGGAGUGGUUUUGGACAAGAAUAUGAAAAGCGGUGGUGGUCUGUAUGAACAUAGGUUGACUAUACCAACCAACUCGACCGUCGCUGAGGUCAUUGAGCAGUCGCUUAAUGGAUUUGGCAUCUUGGAAGGUGUGGUGGAUGGCGGUGACGAUGUAGAAUCACACUUGGAUGGCAAAAAGAGUGCAGUCAGGUAUCGUCUCGCUGUUAAGCCUCGUAAUAAGAAAAGUAUCGAUGCUAACUUCAGCCUUAAUCCUAAUAGCAGAGUGAUUGAUGCGAAUCGGGAGAUUAUACAGAUCUUCUCAGGUGACGAUUUCAACAAAGACGCUCAGCGACUUGGCUAUCGAGGAUACCCAGAUCAAGAAUUACAGUUCGUGUUAAUCAGAGCUGACAAACUGAGUCACCAAAGUGAAGGGGUUAAUAUAGUUAAGGCGGCGGUGGAUGACAUCACUGAUGCGCCAUCGCUUGCUGAAAUAAUAGCUAGACAAAGAUCCGAAAAACAGCGGAGUAAGGGUGUCAUCAGUCCUGUAUCAAUAGAUCGAGAUGAUUCUAAAUCAUCAUCUGAUGAUCAGGCUACUCAAAUCACUUCCCCUGUUGCAUCGUCUUCCUCUUAUUCACAAUCGACACCUCAACAAACUGUUGAAACGCCGGUACAGUCAUCGGGUUUGCUGGAUGAUCACAAUUUCACUGAGCAGAGUGUAACUGAGCAUGGUGUAACCGAGCAAGAUGCCACUGAGCAAGACGCAACUCCAAGCAAGCGAUCGUCUUACAGCAAGUCUGAGCAAGUGGAAGAGCUUGUAGAGGAACAGGAGAAGCCUAGAGGCUUGGGGUUAAGAGAUAGUGAUAGUAUGGAAAACUACCACAUUGGAGACUACUCAAACUCGUCAAACACCACAGUCGCGAAUAGUGUAGCUGAUAGAUCAAGCCAAACAUCAUCAGUUAUGACAAGCUCAACGAACGACCGCGUAACAUCGGGUGAAGGGUUUGAUGAUAUCGUUGAGCGCUUAUGGCAGAGAGAGACAAAAUACGACGACAAUUCAACUCAAGACGGCGCUAAACAACCUCACAAAGAUUUAAUGAGAAGUCAGAGCUCAUUUAGUCUCCAAACUGCACACACGGACUUGUCUUCGAGUAUGUCAACUAUAACCGGACAGGAGUUCACCGAUGCCAGAUCAACGCCACUAUCUAGGCGCAGCGGGUCAAGUAACAGUGGUAGUGAAGAUGACGAGAAAGCGAUUAGAGAGAUACAGUCCGCGCCUGUUAAUGUUGAGGGAGAAGGUUGCACCGAUAAAAGACAAAGCGGGGGAAGCAGGAACAGUAGAAAUGUAGAUGAGGAAAGUGUCAAGAGCUUCGAUGACAGUACUAAGGAAAGUACUCAAGAAGCGGUCUCGCAGCUGCAGUUGCAAACUUACAGACAGUCAGGCUCGACUGCUUCAUCAAUCAGUGAGUCAGGCAGGCGAUCAAAUACCCCAUCAACGACAGCGACAACAAAUCCAACACCACCGUCUGUGCUGUUCCAGGCGGCACAUCCAAACAUUAAUGGAACAGCAUCUACUGACGAGAGUCAUGAGAAUUCAUAUGACAAUACGAGGAAUGCAGACUUAGAUAGCUCUGCCAGCUCGCGAUCAUCUGUCUCGACGCCAAAUCAUGCGACGCACCAAGUCCAUAAUGCGACAAAAAAUGAUAGAAAGACUAGAAUAGGAAAUGCAAUGCAAGAUCUUAACAUCGGACACUUUUUGACACUUUCACAACAUGCAAGACGACAGCAGCCUUCAGCGCCGAGCGGCCAAGGCAGGGAGAGUGACUAUAUCAACGAUACAUGGUUUGCGAGAUCGAAUAACGAUUCGGUUUAUGAUAGUGUUCGGAGUGAUUUAGAUGGCAUUGAAGGGGAACUAGACAGACUAUUACAGCAAACACUAGCAUUAUGA